GUUUGAACCUCCCGAACACCCACGACUCUUAAAUCUUGGAUCCGCCACCGGACAUAUUUAUGUAUUAUGCAUGUGAAAUGCCACAUUGGUGAAUGUUUAUGUAGUGUAUUUGUUAGGCAAAUGUGAAAUGAAAUAGCUACAUAAAUAGUUGGCUACUUUAUCUUUCCAUUUCUUGUUUGUAUUAAGCAAGCAGAAAACCAAUAGUACUCUUGCUUCUGCUAAUGGUAACAUUUUUCUCAGCCAGACCUGGUGCUGCAAUGCCACCAACACUUGUCCUAAUUGAACCCAAUGUGAAAUGGUUGUCGAAUUCGAGGAGUUUAAGGAUCUUGUCAGGUGAAUUUCCAGAUUUUCUUCCUAAACAAGUUGAGGAUAUCAAAGACACUUAUGCUAGAAAGUUGGCUUCAAGAAUUGAGAGAAUACCAGUAAACUUUUCGAAGGGAUGUGUCAUGAGUAGUUGUGUGAAGCCAAAAGAACACAAAGAGGUCAAUCCAGUUGUACUUCUCCAUGGUUUCGAUAGCACCUGUUUAGAAUGGCGGUACACGCUUCCAUUGCUUGAGGAAGCUGGGUUGGAGACAUGGGCAGUUGAUAUCCUUGGAUGGGGUUUCUCUGAUUUAGAAAGGCUUCCAUCGUGUGAUGUUGCUUCCAAGCGUGAUCAUCUUUACCAGCUGUGGUCUACCCACAUCAAGAGGCCAAUGGUACUUGUCGGACCGAGUCUUGGAUCUGCUGUUGCUAUUGACUUCUCUGUCCACUAUCCAGAAGCUGUGGAUAAGCUGGUUUUAAUCAAUGCAAGUGUCUAUGCGAAAGGUACAGGAAACCUUGCAACCUUACCGAAAGCAGUAGCUUAUGCUGGGGUCCACUUGUUGAAAAGCAUACCACUUCGUUUAUAUGCAGCAUCAUUCUUUUUCAAUGUCUUACCGUUAAGUACACGUAUAGAGUGGACUAAUAUAGGUCGUCUACAUUGUUUAUUACCUUGGUGGGAGGAUGCAACGGUGAAUUUCAUGAUCAGCGGAGGUUACAACGUCAUUGAUCAGAUAGAACAUGUCAAGCACAAAACACUACUAAUAUUGUGUGCAGAUGAUCAGAUUAUUGACUACAAGCUUGGAGUGAGAUUGUGUUGUGAACUUCCAAAUGCGACGCUGCGCCUAAUACCAGAGUGUGGCCACAUCCCUCAUGUGGAGAAGCCUUAUGUCGUCUCCACAUUGAUCGCGGAAUUUGUUCAGUCGGAUCAAUCACAAAGCGCGAAACCUGCAAUGCCUCUUGGCUCUUGCACCACUAACUGCUUGGCUCCAUUUGUGAAAGUCAUGGAUGAAGAACUUGGAAUUGUGAAGGGAAUAAUGACAACAACUCACUCUUACACCGGAGAUCAGAUGCUUCACACCAUGACUUAAGGAGAGCGAGAGCAGCAGCAUUCAACAUUGUCCCAACCAGCACUGGUGCAGCCAAGGCUGUGUCUUUAGUGCUACCUCAGCUUAAGGGGAAAAAGUGACCCUUCUUGUAAUUUUUCAAGAAAUGGGGAUACUAAAGUGAAUUUUGUUAGAAAUUUUCAAAAAAUGGGAAUAAUUAUGCUGGAUUAAAAAGAAUUUGUUUAGGU